ACAUCGCUAACCUACACAAGUCGGCCUAGACUUUUCGCAUAAAAUUUUUCUAAUACGAAACGAAAAAUGUCGUCCCACAGCGGGGGAACGGAUUGGAAUUCCGUAUUAAAAGCAUUGCUUUUGAGCCGCACGGGCGCUUUGAACAAAAACGAAGUGGUUAAUCUGCUAAAAGCAAUAACCAGAUGCGAACAUGAAUUCUUCGACGAUGAAAGUAGCUUCGUACCAUUUUACACGGCCUUUGCGGCACUGGCGGCCGACAAACUUAUGCAAAUCAAAUCAAUUUGCCAGACACAGAUCUGCCAGCUUCACGAUGCCACGGCCGUGCUCAUACGCUUCAUACUCUUCCGUCUGCCCAAAGUGACGGUCUAUGAAUCGAAAUGGCUAUUGGCCGCCCUCAAAAUGCUCUGCGAGGGCAGGGAGAAUGCUUCUACGGCUCUUGCACAAUUCGAUUACAGUGCCGUGGCCGGGGUGGUGAAGAGCUCGAAACAUCCGGAAUCAUCCAAUAAGACUAUUAUGUCAAUUGGAGGUAGCACCACAGGAGCUACUGCUGCUGGCAGUAGCAACGACAAAGAUUCACCCAAAUUAGAGAUCAAACGCUCGCGCUCGGACCUCUCAUCGGUGAUCCUACAGCAGCUGUUGGCGCCACUUGAGCCGGGCAAGAUGACCUGGGUGCCCCUCAGCGAGGAGAUCACCGAUUGCACUGAGCAACUUUUGGCUGCCAAUGUGGAGGUAUUCCAGGAGGCAAAUGGCGUCGAUACGCUGCUGGAUAUCUGCGUGGGUCUGCCCAUACUCAGUCGCUAUCGCAUGAAGUACAUGGAGACGAUAAAUGCUGGGAAACCCCUCUACCUGCCACUCACACAGGCGGAGGCCACCACAGUGAAAUCAUCGAUGAAUCACAUGCUCACAGAUCUGUCGAUUGUGGGCCAGGCGUAUGCCUUGAUUGUCAUGCAGCCACUGACACCGAGCCGCAUCGAAAAGCUAUCCAUGUGCGGCAUCUCGGCACUGUACAAUGCGGUGCUCACCUCGAUAGCCACCAGUGUCCUGAGCAUGGGACAGGCAAGCAGUUCACAGAAGCAGCAGCAGCAACAACAGCAGACGGCUGCUGCUGCAGCAGCAUCAACCAGUCAGGGCAGCGGCGGUGGCUUGUCCAGCGUGCAGAACAGCAAGGAUCACGACGAAUUUGAAGAACAGGCCAGCGGCAUUGUAAACAAAGCUCUGGAAAUCUAUUCCAGCAUUGGCGAGAUGUUCAAAUCUUCUGCUCGAAUGUAUAUCUAUCAGAAUCAUUUGUGCUAUGGCAGCUGGCUGCUCAUCAGCGGCAUCCAGGGAGCAAUGGGCGCCAGUGGCAGUGCCUCGGCAGAGACGGCAGCUAAAGCAGCAGCAGCAGCAGCCGCAGCCGCCGCCACAAAAGUGGCAGCCAAAGCAGAGUCUGUAACGGCGCCCAGCACCCCCAUAGCCAGAGUCAAUCUAUUCAAGGUGCAACAGGGCUUUGGGGAGCUGAAUGCUGCCAUAGCCAAUCACAGCAUUAAGCUGCUGUCGGAACUGAUUGAGGAUCUAAAGAUUGAAUCCGCCUGCGGACAGAGCAGUGUCACCGAUCCCGAAACGCUGCCAGAGCCAGCGCAAUUUGAUAUCCUGCAGAACUACACAUCGCUGGAGCGGAUUGUGCGUGUCCUGAACACGGCCACGUUGCAUCAGCUGUUCACAUUUCUGGCCACCGUGGCCUACCGCAAGGCAUGCACACUGAAGCGUGCCUCCACCAAAGACCGCACCGAAUGCGAUCCCAUUAGCUACUCGGACUCAACGACCUGCCUGAAUGAGUCCAUGUCCUAUUCGGACAACUCGGAGGAGGAUGACAGCGAAAGUUAUCUGGGGCAUUGGUUCAAGGAGACCCUCUCGCCCGAAACGCACGACGACAAUGCAAAUACCUCGUCGCAGGAGCGCAGCGGGGAGCAGAAGAGCGCACUGGUGCCCAAGCUAGAUGAGCCACACGAGUAUCUGGAGCUAUCGGCGGAUAUCUUUUGCUUUCUGGAUCAAUUUCUGGCCAAUCGUCAUGCCUACAUGCAGCGCUAUGUGAAGGCGGGUGUCAGCGAUCAGCAGAUGCUGCUGAUGGCCAACAUAAUCAAGGACUUUGAUCGCGAUGUGAUGCGCAGCGACAGCGAACAGCAGUCGCCACCAAGUACAGCAGGCGUGGCUGUGGCGGCAGGAGGUGCGGGAGGAGCAUCUGGCUGCUCGGCCAAGUGGCAGGCAUCGAUGAUACGUUUCUCGGGCGCAGCUGGCCGUUACAUACACAAUCUGAUCUCGACGGGCCUGCUGUCCGAGCAGCUGCAAUCGAAUCUGUUGCAACAUUUGGCCAUCUCACCAUGGUCCACGGACACGAAUACAUGGCCACUGCAGGUCUAUCCCAGCACAUUGUCGGUGCUCGUGCAGAUCCUGCUGCUGAAGCCCAUACAGGAGAAGGAGGCCGCCUGUCUCUCAGUGUGGCAUCGCCUAAUCAACACCCUGGUUGAUGGCGUGUGCUCGUCCACCUCUGGCGGUGACUCGGACUACGAGGAUAUCAACAUUGAGCAUGCCCAACUGCUGCUCUUUCUGUUCCAUUCGCUCAAUCUCAUGCAAAAGAAAUCCAUCCUACUGCUCACUGCUGGUGGGGUGAUACGCUGUGCCGAGGUCUGUCGUGGCAUCAGUGCGGAGCGCAUUGUCCGGAAUAGCCAAAUGAUGCUGCUGUCGCGUUUGCUCGUAUUUCUGGAGUAUCUGAUGAAGCAUCUGUACCAUGCACCGCCCGAACUGUUGGAUCAGGUGCGCUGGAUAUUGUUUAGCGUGAGCAGCAUGCCCGAGACGCAAAAGGUCUCCGAUUUGAUUAAUAGUCGCACCAAACUGAACUCCUAUUGCCGUCAGGAUAUUGAGGAGAAGUUCCGCAAGUCUUCGGGGGAAUAUGGAUCAAAUAUUCGUCCCACAUUUUACAGUCUGGUGCUGAAGGAGCCCGAGAAAGCCUAUUGGGUGAGCGAUUUCAAAUUGGAUGGCCUCGCCUGGAAUUUUAUACUCUGCACACCGGACAAACUCAAGUAUCCGCUUCUGGUGGAUGCCCUUGUGGAUAUCCUGAACAUCGCUGACAUGUCCUCGUUUGCCAAAAAGGACAGCGGCGAGAGCAGCAGCAUGCACAAUCUGUGUGCCAUGCAGUAUUGCUUUACGAACACCUGGAAGCUGCUGCUGGGCCUGCCCCCCUCCACCUCACACGUGGAGGCGCUGCGCAUUGAGCGGGCACCCAAUCUGCAUUCGCUGGUGUGGAGCACCCGCCUGCCGCUGGGCACAUCCCAUUAUUUGAUUGUCAACAGCCUGAUAAAGCAGGGCAUGUACACCCAAUUCGCGGAGUCGCUGUACACUCAAGUGGGCGAUACCACGGCCGAUAUACGAUACAACUUGAAGCAGACCAUACUCGGCGUAGAGGCCUUCAAUCAGCAGAUGAGCAAUAAGGGUAUUCCACGCCUCUCGGAACUCAUUCUGUUUGAUGCUUUGGUGGCCCACAUGCAGGCCGUGGCCUGGGCAGAAAAGGAGGGCUUCAAGCUGCUGCGCAAGGACUGUGAGGAUAGCAGCGCUGGCGAGCGAUCAUGCAACAGUGCGGCAUCCAGUAGUGGUGGCGGCGUCGGCAGCGGCAAUGCCGCUGAUCACGAUCAUCCCGAGGUCUACUCCUCCAAUGAGUCGAUCGAUGAAGAGCAAUCCAAGCAGGAGGAUGAGCCGGGCCUGCCCACGGAAACAGUGGAACGCAAUCAAAUGAUCAACGAGCUGCUGAUCAAGCUAAUGGACUCGUAUCGCUACCUAUCGGACAUUGUGCGUGAGCAAAUGCUCAAGCAGCUGUCGAGCACCACACCGGAGCAUGUCCUCAAUCUGAUAGUGCCCAUUGUGAGCGAUAAGCCAGCCAUAAUGCUGGAGCUGCAUGCGGCAUUCCUCAAGCUGCUGCCCAAUGAGGAUAAGCAGCUGAUUGCGAACGAAUGGCCCAAGUGUUUGAUGGUCAAUGAUGCGGCCUUUGAUGGGAAACAGCAUCCCGUGGAGCCGUACACCCUCAAUGUGAUUGAUGCACACAUUACAGAGCUGACCCGAGGCAGCGGCGGUGUGGCAUAUUCCACGCUGCAUACGCUCAAACAUUGCCUGAAGACGAUACUCCAUUUGAUGGAGUUGCUGCUGCCCUACGCCUCGAAUUGCUGCGAAAUGGAUACGCAACUGAAGCCGCUGCUAAUUGCCUCCAUGCUGGACAUGCGCACCGACUAUCUGCAGGGCCAGAGCGAACAGUGUCUGAGGGAGAUCCUGAGUGGUUUGACCCUGGAGGCGCAGAAGCUGUUGCUGUAUGAGCACAUGAUUGGCUACUGCUAUCGCAUGCUGAUUGAAUUUGCCGCAGAGCUGCGACAGCCAGCGGCCAGAGGCCCUCCCCUGGAUCAGGAGCGAGCUUUGUUCAAUGAAUCGAUGCUGUUUGCGGUGCUCAAGACAUUCAUCAAGAUGCUGGAGAAACCCACAGCUGUGCAGGCCAUGCGGCAGUUCUUCCAUGAUCAGCGCACGGGCAGUCUGACCACGUUGCUGCUGUCCUUUACUGGCACCACUCUACCCUUGAGUUAUGCACGCAAAAUGUUGCAGUUUGUGGAACGUUUGUUUGAGCAAUCGACGCGGGCGGACUCGCAGUUCCAGCACGAGGAUUUGGUGGAUUGUUUUGGCGAUUUAUCCAGCGUGGAUGUGGCACGCUUAAAGCUGUGGCUGGCCCACAUUAUCUAUGGCCCAAAUGUGACGGCCGGAGAUGUCAGCAGCAGCGAGACAAUGGAUCCCACCUGCAGACUGCUCACGAGCAUCAUGCAGCCAUCGAGCAGUUCCAGCAGCAAUGCCCAGACACCCACCAACAUGGCCACUGUGUCGGCUAUGCCGAGCAUCUCCGAUCAGCUGGAUGCCAUGGACAUAGACUAUGAUUGUGGGGCAGCAGCAACAGCAGCAGGAGGAGCUGCGCCCAACACGUCACAAAUUCUGAGCCUGUGGCAGGCAGCGCAGCCGAAUCCCUCAGAGGAAUCCUCGCAAGCCUGCGAUCACAGCGAAGGCGGCGAGCAACGUCAAAGCGAACGCAAUGGAGGCCUGCUGCUGUCCAUCGUCAAAUAUCUCGUACGCGAUCAGAGCAAGGCGGGACCCAUAGCGGCGCCUCUGUUCCAGGCGCUGCUGCAGCUCGGACAGACUUUGAUCAGUCCACCCCACGAUGGCUGCGACUUUGCGGAUGUGCUGCAGAUAAUGAUCACCCUGGCAGAUGCCUCUCCCGCACGCGGACACGUGGCGCUGUUCAAUACGACGCUGCUGUGGCUGGAACUAGCCAAGUUGCAGCUGCCCGACAAGCAUCUGCGGCAUGCGGAGAAUGUGAGCGCUCUGCUGAGAUAUCUCAGCGAACUCCUGCAGAGCAUUGGGUAUCGUGGCAGUCGCCUGCAUAUGCCCCCGUGGGAUGAUGAACUGCAAACGGACAUUGACGAUCUGUACGAUGAGUUGGGCGAGGAAGAGCAGGACUCGCUGCUGGAUGACUCCGAUGAGGAUACGCUGAACAACAAGCUGUGCACAUUCUCGCAGACCCAAAAGGAGUUCAUGAACCAGCACUGGUAUCACUGUCACACCUGCAACAUGAUCAAUACGGUGGGUGUGUGCUCCGUGUGUGUGCGCGUGUGCCACAAGGGGCACGAUGUCAGCUAUGCCAAGUACGGCAACUUCUUCUGCGAUUGCGGUGCCAAAGAGGAUGGCUCCUGUCAGGCGUUGAGUCGCCGCUUGGGCUCCGGAGAGGCGCGUGACACGGUGGGUCCGGGCGGCAGCAGCAGCUGCAGCUAUUUGCCCUCGCACAUGAGUCUGCUGGCGGGCAAGAAGAGAGGCAACAAUGCAGCAACAGGAGCAGCUGGCCAGCAGCAGCAGCUGGGAGGAGCGCCUGCCCGCAAGGAUUCCAUCAGCAGUGAGCGAAUCCUGCUGCUGGGCAAACUGCUCGAACCCUACCGUGAGACAUUGCAGCAUCAGGAGCAAUGGAUGCUCGUGGUACGCUGCAUACUGGAGUACUUCGAUGUGCUGCUGCCAUCCAUAAGGGAGAACUGCACGCUCUAUUCGAUUGUGGGCUGCCACAGGCGUGCCACUGCCGCGCUGGAGCGACUGCAUCAGCUGGAGCAGAGUUUCCAGAUCACGGACCAGCUGAUGUUUGCCACACUGGGCUCCCAGGAGGGUGCCUUUGAGAAUGUGCGCAUGAACUACUCGGGCGAUCAGGGGCAGACCAUCAAGCACUUGCUCACCUCUGGCACGAUACGUCGCGUGGCCUUCUGUUGCCUCUCGUCGCCGCAUGGACGCCGCCAGCAGCUGGCCGUGUCGCAUGAGAAGGGAAAGGUCACCAUAUUGCAGCUAUCGGCGCUGCUCAAGCAGGCCGAUGCCUCCAAGCGGAAAUUGACUCUGACGCAGCUCAGUUCGGCGCCCAUUGCCUGCACUGUGCUCUCGCUGGCCGCCAAUCCCUGCAACGAGGAUUGCCUGGCUGUCUGUGGGCUCAAGGAGUGCCACGUGCUGACCUUUUCGAGCAGCGGCAGCACCAACGAGCACAUUGUCAUCACACCGCAGCUCGAGAAUGGCAACUUCCUGAAGAAGGCCAUGUGGCUGCCUGGAUCACAGACACUCCUGGCCAUUGUCACCACGGAUUAUGUGAAGAUCUAUGAUCUGUCGGUGGAUACAAUCAGCCCGAAAUACUACUAUCUAGUGGCUGUGGGCAAGAUCAAGGACUGCACCUUUAUGUACCAUCAGCAGGAUGGCAUUGGCAGCUACUUUAUGCUGAGCUUCACGAGCUCUGGCUACAUCUACACGCAGCAGCUGGACCAGCAGAGUCUGGCCGUGCAUGGGGACUUUUAUGUGACAAAUACACUGGAGUUGAGCCAUCAGCAUAUCAAGGAUAUCAAUGGACAGGUGUGCGGCGGCGGUGUGUCCAUUUACUACUCGCACACGCUGCAGCUGCUCUUCUACAGCUACACCUCUGGCCGGAGCUUCUGUUCGCCGCUGACGAACGUAAAUGAGGGUGUCAAGGGCAUUUAUCACUUGGACAUUAACAACACAGCGGCCACGGUGGCCAGCAAAUCAUCAUCGGCCUCGAAGGUGCCGCUACAAUCGCUGGUGGGUUGGACAGAGGUGGCAGGACAUCCGGGACUGAUAUAUGCCAGCAUGAAUACGUCCAAUAAUCCGGUGAUACUGAUGAUCACACCCGAACGCAUCUACAUGCAGGAGAUCAAGGCACAGUCCGCGAAAUCGAGGAUAAUGGAUGUGGUUGGCAUACGGCAUAGUGUGGCGGGCACCGAGAAGACCACCCUGCUGCUGCUCUGCGAGGACGGCAGCCUGAGAAUCUUCUCGGCACAGCCAGAGCACACGAGCUUCUGGCUGUCGCCGCAGGUACAGCCAUUUGGCAAUCAGCUGUACAGCUCCACGCUGCUGGCAAAGAGCAACAACAGUGGCACAAGCAGCAGCAGCAGCAGCACACAGACCAGCAAAAGCAAGGCAGGCAGCUCUGCAGCGGCUGGCAAGCUGCUGCCGCACCAUCGCAGCAAGUCGAUGGGAGGCAGCCAUCAGCAGCAGCAGAAACAACUGACAGCCGGCGGGCAGCCCAUUUUCCCGAUUGAUUUCUUUGAGCAUUGCAAUCUGCUGGCCGAUGUGGAGUUUGGGGGCAAUGACCUGCUGCAGAUCUACAACAAACAGAAGCUGAAGACGCGUCUCUUUACCACAGGGACGUUUGUGGCGAGCACCAAGCCCACCGGAUUCACGCUGGAGGUGAUCAACAACGAUCCAAAUGUGGUGAUGGUUGGAUUCCGUGUGAUGCUUGGCACACAGGACAUACAAAGGGCACCCGUAUCGGUGACCAUACUGGGACGCACCAUACCCACAACGGUGAGGAAGUCGCGCUGGUUUGAUAUACCCCUGACGCGUGAGGAGAUGUUCCAAUCGGACAAAAUGCUCAAGGUGAUGUUUGCCAAGUCGCAGGACCCCGAACAUGUCACUGUGCUCGACUCCAUCGAGGUCUAUGGCAAGUCCAAGGAACUGGUCGGCUGGCCCGACGACAGCGACGAUGUGCAGGCACCCAGCUCCGGUCCCACACCGGUGACGGCCACCCAACAGAGUGCCGCGGCCAACUUUGGCGAGGGCUUCAAUUGCAUCACUCAGCUGGAUCGCAUGGUCAAUCAUCUGCUGGAGGUGCUCGACUGUGCCCUGCAUCUGCUCGGCGGCAGCGCUGUGGCUGCCCCGCUGCGCUCGAAGGUCGUGAAGACGGCCAGUGGACUGCUGCUGCUGCCCACCCCGAAUCCCGUGCAGACCCAAGCCCGCUAUGUGCUGGCCACGCUCUAUGGCAGUCGGGCGAGCUAUCACAGCUUCAAGGAUGGUGUCAUCCUGCAUUUCGUACACGGCGAACUGCAGGCCAUGCAACCGAAGCUGCAACAGCUGGAAUCCCUGCAAGAAAUCGAUCCGGAGGCAUUCUAUCGACUGAUAUUGCUGGUGCGCGGCGUGGCCAACUCUCGGCCGCAGUCGCUGGCCAAGAUCUGCCAGGAGAACAGCUACGAUUUGGUGCCAGCUUUGAUGGGCAUUGUCCUGGAGCUGCACAAGAUCACCCCGGACCUAGAUGAGCCCACAAAUAUUGUGCGACGCGGGCUGUGCCAGCCGGAAACGAUUGUCCAUUGCCUGGUGGAGAUUAUGUAUGGCUUUGCGCUUGCGGAUCCCGGCCAGGUGGGUCGCAUGACCCAGUACUUUAUUGAUCUGCUGAAGCACGAUGCCACCGUCAUCAGUCACAGUGCCAAGGAGGCACUGAUACUCCUCCUGAGUCCGCGCAUGAAGCGACGCAAGGCAGCGGCCGUAGCCGUCAUAACGCCCCCGACCUGCUCCACGCCCACGCCUCAAAUGCAGGCCCUGCAGGCGGUGGCUGCAUCGGCGGCCAAUGACAUCAUCGAGGAGGCAGCAGCAGCAGGCGCAGCGGCUGCCGGUCAGGAUCCAGACAAUGCAGCAGCCGCGCUGCUCGAGGCAGUGGAGGGAGGCGUGGCAGGACAGCAUGCGAAUCAGCAGCUGCUCAAUCUGGAGGCCUUCAUGGGCGGCGGCUUCCCCCGGCUGCUGGGUCUGCCCGAGGAUGCCGACGACGAGGCCAUCAUGGACAUAGCCAUCGCAUUGAGUCUGCAACAGCAUGGCGGCGCCGAUGCCAAUGCGCUGCAGUCGCUGCAGCAGGGAUUGGCCAAUAUCCAGGGCAUCAGACAGGCGGCAGCCAAUGCGGCAGCGGCCAGUGUCUCGGUCUCUGUCUCGGCGGGCGGAUCCGAUGACGAGGGCUCCAAUGUGGCCACCGAUGGCUCCACGCUGCGCACCUCACCCGCCGAGCCGGCGGGCAGUGGCGGCUCCGAGAGCGGUGGCAGUGGUGUGGAGAGCAUUGGCGGCACAUCGGCGCGCAGCAGCAACUUUGGCGAUCAUCCGAACACAACGCCACCGCGACAGAGCUGCAGUUCCGUCAAGGAUGGCGAGCAGGGGGGCGAGGAACAGCAGCAGCAGCAGCCAGGACCCAGUGGCUCCGCCUCGGGUGGAGUGCCAGGUGGCAGUGGCCUGAGUGCCAUGAGCAGCACCGAAGACAACAAUGAAAUCAACGAAGAUGAAAAGCUGCAAAAACUGCAUGACCUCAGGAUUGCCGUGCUGGAGAGCAUUAUCCAGCAUUUGGACACAUUCGAUCUGUGCAAUGGGCUGCAGGCCAUACCCCUCAUCCAGGUGAUACACAUGCUGACCACAGACCUCAAUGGCAACAAUGAGCGCGAUCAGCAGGUGCUGCAGGAGCUGCUGCAGGCGCUGGUGGAGUAUGUGGAAAUAGGCAAACGUGGAGCAGCCUCAAGGAUGGAGACGAAAUGCCCCUUGAAUGAAGUUCGACUCGCUUUGCUCGCACUCUUUGGCGUGAUGAUGGGCAAGACCAAGUCCAAGCAGACGGGCACCACCUCGCCACCGCAUCAGUUCAAGGAUAACAGCUCCUUUGUGGCCAGCACCACAGCGAAUGUGCUGAGCAAGAGCGGUGCCUUUAUCUAUGCCCUAGAGGCACUCAAUACGCUGCUCGUGCACUGGAAAACGGUGCUGGGGGAUCCCUAUGCGGCCGGGCAAGCGGCAGCACCAACUGCCAGCAGCGGCGGCGGCGCCACCUCUGGCCCGGGAGUGCAGCUACUGAAGCCCAUUAAACAUGGCCCCAAGCCCGAUAUAUCCAUACUGAUACCGCAGAAUUAUCUGAAGAAUUAUCCCGACAUCUUUGAGUCGUACGAUGGCCUGCUGACGGAGAUUAUUGUGCGGCUGCCGUAUCAGAUUCUGCGGCUAAGCAGCGCCCAUCCGGACAAUUAUGACAGCAGCUUCUGUGAGGCGAUGACCUUUACGCUGUGCGAGUAUAUGAUGCUCAAUCUGAAUACACUGCUGCGGCGGCAAGUGCGCAAGCUGCUGAUGUACAUCUGUGGCAGCAAGGAGAAGUUCCGCAUGUAUCGGGAUGGACACUCGUUGGAUGCCCAUUUCCGUGUGGUGAAGCGAGUGUGCAACAUUGUGAGCAGCAAGACUGGUGCCCCCUACAAUGCCAAUCCUCCGCUGCUCAGCUAUGACUCGUUGGUGGAUCUGACAGAGCAUCUGCGCACCUGCCAGGAGAUCAGUCAAAUGCGCACUGGCAACUGGCAGAAGUUCUGUGUGGUGCAUGAGGAUGCCUUGGCCAUGCUCAUGGAGAUUGCCUGCUACCAACUGGAUGACGGUGUGUCGCCUAUAAUUAUACAGCUGCUGCAGGCGGCCGUUUGUAAUAUGCCAGCCAACAAGCAGCAACCACAGCAGCCACCGCCAGCAGCCGCUGUGUCAACGUCCUCGAAGCUGCGCAGUGAGCGCGAGAAAAGCGAGGAUACGGAUGCCUACUACUCGAAAUUCGAUCCAGCACAGUGCGGCACAUUUGUCCAUCAGAUAUUCCGCUAUGCCUGCGAUGCAUUGAUCAUUCGAUUCGUGCGGAUCUUUCUGCUGGAGAAUAACAUAAGUCAGCUGCGCUGGCAGGCGCACUCCUUUAUGACGGGCCUCUUUGAGCAUGCCAAUGAGCGGCAGCGUGAGAAGCUGUUGACCAUCUUUUGGAAUUUGUGGCCCCUGGUGCCAACGUACGGCCGCCGGACAGCACAAUUUGUGGAUCUAUUGGGCUACCUGACGCUGACAACGCGCAGCAUAACCGACCGCCUGCCAGAGUUUGUGUCGCGUGCGGUGGAAGUGCUGCGGACACAGAACGAGCUGCUGUGCAAGCACCCGAAUGCGCCCAUCUACACCACCUUGGAGUCGAUACUGCAGAUGAACGGUUACUAUCUGGAAUCGGAGCCCUGUUUGGUGUGCAACAACCCAGAGGUGCCGAUGGCCAACAUCAAGCUGCCGUCGGUCAAGUCCGAUUCGAAAUAUACCACCACAACGAUGAUCUACAAGCUGGUGCAGUGCCACACCAUCUCGAAGCUGAUCGUACGGAUUGCGGAUCUGAAGCGCACCAAGAUGGUGCGCACCAUCAAUGUGUACUACAACAAUCGCAGUGUCCAGGCGGUCGUUGAGCUGAAGAAUCGGCCAGCGCUGUGGCACAAGGCGCGCUCCGUUUCGCUGCAAUCGGGCCAGACAGAGCUGAAGAUCGAUUUCCCAUUGCCCAUUACGGCCUGCAAUCUGAUGAUUGAGUUCGCCGACUUCUUUGAGACUGUCAGCGGUUCGAGCGAGAAUCUGCAGUGUCCGCGCUGCAGUGCCGCUGUGCCCGCGUAUCCGGGAGUGUGCGGCAACUGUGGCGAGAAUGUGUUCCAGUGCCACAAGUGUCGAGCGAUCAACUAUGACGAAAAGGAUCCGUUCCUGUGCCACUCGUGUGGCUUCUGCAAGUAUGCCAAAUUCGAUUUCAGCAUGUAUGCACGCGUCUGCUGUGCCGUCGAUCCCAUUGAGUCCGCCGAGGAUCGGGCCAAGACUGUGUCGAUGAUACACAGCUCAUUGGAGCGUGCAGAUCGCAUCUACCAUCAGCUGCUGGCCAACAAACAGCUGCUCGAGCUACUCAUCCAAAAGGUGGCCGAACAUCGGAUCAACGAUCGUCUGGUCGAGGACAACAUGGCCAGUGUGCAUAGCACGUCGCAGGUGAACAAGAUCAUCCAGCUGCUGGCACAGAAAUACUGCGUGGAGUCACGCGCCAGCUUCGAGGAACUAAGCAAGAUUGUCCAGAAAGUGAAGGCAUGUCGCAGCGAACUGGUGGCCUACGAUCGCCAGCAACAGGAUCUGCCGCCCAGCAAUCUGUCGCUGGUCAUGGGGGCCGAGAAUCCAACAACAAACCGCUGCUAUGGCUGCGCCUUGGCCUCCACCGAGCAGUGCCUCACCCUGCUGCGGGCCAUGGCCUACAAUUAUGACUGUCGCAUGGGUCUCUAUAGCCAGGGACUGGUCAGCGAACUGGCGGAACACAAUCUACGGCGUGGCACACCGCAGAUCCAGAACGAGGUUCGCAAUCUGCUGGUGGUGGUGACCAAGGACAAUGCCGAGGCGUGCAUGCACUUGCUGCAGCUGGUCACGUCCCGUGUGAAGAGCGCCCUGAUGGGCGCCAUUCCCCUGAUUAGUCUGGAGGCAGCCGUGCAUCAGGAGAUGACGCUGCUGGAGGUGCUCCUCGGACAGGAUGAUUUCUGCUGGGAAUACAAGCUGAAGGUGAUCUUUGAGCUGUUUAUCAGCAAUUGCAAAUUGCCGCGUGGACCUGUGGCCUCUGUGCUGCAUCCCUGCCUGCGCAUUCUGCAGAGUCUGAUCAAUCCCACGAUCGCUGGCAGCGGCAGCGGCAGCGGCAGCGGUGGCAGUGGCAAGACAGUGUCUGUCAUUGAUUUGUGCAGCAUUAAACUGCCCGAAGGCAACACCAUCGACUAUCGGGCGUGGCUUAACUCGGAUCGCAAUCACGAGUACUUGGCCUGGAGCAGUCGCAUGCCCAUCAGCCAACACCAUCAGGAGGCAGCAGCCACAACCACUGCCGCCAAGCCAAAGAGCAGCAAACAGCAGCAGCAGCAGCAGCAAUCGGCGGGCGGCACUGAGACACCACCAAAGAUCAAGGAAGCCACAAGGGCGGCCUAUCUGAGCGAGAAGUAUGCCAAACGCUGGCGCACGAAUGUGCUGGACAAGCAGCGGCUGACCAAGCCGCUGGUAUUCAAUGCCGAGUGGAUACAGCCGCUGCUCUUCAACGAAAACUCACGCUUUGGCCGCCAAUUGGCGUGCACGCUGCUGGGCGGACUGGCACGCACGCACGAGCGCAAGCAGCAGGCUCUCAAUUUGCUCACCUCCUUCCUGUAUCAUGUGGGGGAGGCGGGUGAGGCGAGCACCGAGUAUUUGGCGCUCUAUCGGAGCAUUGCCACAGAGUCGCCCUGGCUGCAGUAUCUGGUGCUGCGGGGAGUGCUGUGCAAGAUCUCCGCACUGCUGGCCACGGAGAUAGCCAAAGUGCACUGCAUGGAGGAGCAUUCGCUGUCCUCGGACCUUACGCUGGGCUAUGCCCUGCGCCGCUAUGUGGAGCUGCUGUGGCUCUUCCUCGAGUGCCCCAACAUACGGCGAACCUACAAGACCCGCCUGCUGGGCCCCGUGCUCGAGAGCUACUUGGCCCUGAGGAGCCUGGUGGUUCAGCGCACGCGACACAUUGAUGAGGCGCAGGAGAAGAUGCUCGAAAUGCUGGAGGAGAUGACCAGCGGCACCGAGGAGGAGACGCGUGCCUUUAUGGAGAUACUCAUCGAUACGGUGGACAAGACGCGCAUGAAUGACAUCAAGACGCCGGUGUUUAUCUUUGAGCGUCUGUACUCCAUCAUCCACCCGGAGGAGCACGACGAGAGCGAGUUCUACAUGACGCUGGAGAAGGAUCCGCAGCAGGAGGACUUCCUGCAGGGUCGCAUGCUCGGCAAUCCCUAUCCCUCCGGCGAAAUGGGACUGGGUCCCCUCAUGCGCGAUGUGAAGAACAAAAUCUGCACGGACUGUGAACUGAUUGCCCUGCUGGAGGAUGACAACGGCAUGGAGCUGCUGGUGAACAACAAAAUCAUUAGCCUGGAUCUGCCCGUCAAGGAUGUGUACAAGAAGGUGUGGCUGGCCGAGGGCGGGGACCGCGAUGCCAUGCGUAUUGUCUAUCGCAUGCGCGGACUGCUGGGCGAUGCCACCGAGGAGUUUGUCGAGACGCUGAACAACAAGAGUCAGGAGGCCGUCGACACGGAGCAGCUGUACCGCAUGGCCAAUGUUCUAGCCGACUGCAAUGGGCUGCGUGUGAUGCUGGACCGGAUUGGCAGUCUGCAGCGAAUCUCACGACAGCGCGAGCUCAUCCAGGUGCUGCUCAAACUCUUCCUGAUCUGCGUGAAAGUGCGCCGCUGCCAGGAGGUGCUGUGCCAGCCCGAGAUUGGGGCCAUUAACACGCUGCUCAAGGUGCUGCAGAUGUGUCUGCAAUCGGAGAAUGAUUCCAUACAGUCGGCAGUCACCGAGCAGCUGCUGGAGAUUAUGGAAACGUUGCUCUCAAAGGCGGCCAGUGAUACGCUCGACUCGUUCCUGCAGUUCUCCCUGACUUUCGGCGGGCCCGAGUAUGUGUCGGCACUGAUCUCCUGCACGGAUUGCCCGAAUGUACGCAACAAUCCUUCGGUGCUGCGUCAUCUGAUACGUGUGCUGGCUGCGCUGGUCUAUGGCAAUGAGGUGAAGAUGGCCCUGCUCUGUGAGCAUUUCAAGGACACACUGAACUUCAAACGCUUCGACAACGAACGCACACCCGAGGAGGAGUUCAAGCUGGAGCUCUUCUGUGUCCUAACCAAUCAGAUCGAACACAAUUGCAUUGGCGGCACCCUCAAGGAUUAUAUAGUCAGUCUGGGCAUUGUCGAACGCUCGCUGGCCUACAUCACCGAGCAUGCGCCGUGUGUGAAGCCCACACUGCUGCGCACCGACUCCGACGAGCUGAAGGAGUUCAUUUCGCGCCCUAGUCUCAAGUAUAUACUGCGCUUCCUCACCGGUCUCUCCAAUCAUCAUGAGGCCACACAGGUGGCCAUCAGCAAGGACAUUAUACCGAUUAUACAUCGCCUGGAGCAAGUGUCCAGCGAUGAGCAUGUCGGCAGUCUGGCCGAGAAUCUGCUGGAGGCCUUGUCAACCGAUGCCGCCACCGCUGCGAGAGUCCAGCAAGUGCGCGACUUUACGCGCGCCGAAAAGAAACGUCUGGCCAUGGCCACGCGCGAGAAGCAACUGGAUGCCUUGGGCAUGCGCACAAAUGAGAAGGGUCAGGUGACGGCCAAGGGCUCGAUACUGCAAAAGAUCGAGAAGCUGCGCGACGAGACGGGGCUGACGUGCUUCAUCUGCCGCGAGGGCUAUGCCUGCCAGCCCGAAAAGGUGCUGGGCAUCUACACGUUCACCAAGCGCUGCAAUGUGGAGGAGUUUGAGCUAAAGUCACGCAAGACCAUUGGCUAUACGACAGUAACACAUUUCAAUGUGGUCCAUGUGGACUGUCACACCUCAGCGAUACGUUUGACGCGCGGCCGCGAUGAAUGGGAGCGCGCUAGUCUGCAGAAUGCCAACACCCGUUGCAAUGGCCUGCUGCCGCUCUGGGGUCCCUCCGUGCUGGAAACGGCCUUCUCCGCUUCGAUGACACGUCACAGCAGCUACAUGCAGGAGAGCACACAGCGCUGCGACAUCUCCUAUACGAGCAGCAUACACGAUCUGAAGCUGCUGCUGGUGCGCUUCGCCUGGGAGCGUAGCUUCCACGAUGAUGCCGGCGGCGGUGGCCCCCAGUCCAAUAUGCACUUUGUGCCCUACCUCCUGUUCUACUCGAUCUACAUGCUGCUGUCGUCGCGCUCCGCGGCCAGAGAUAGCAAGACCCUGGUCACCUAUCUGACCGCACCGCCCAGCGAGAAGUGGCUCGAGUGUGGCUAUGAGGUGGAUGGGCCGCUGUACAUGGCCACCAUUGGAUUGACCCUACACAGUCGCGAGCUGUGGAACAAGCAUAAGGUGGCGCAUCUCAAGCGUAUGCUGGCCGUGGCCCAGGCCCGUCACAUCUCACCAUCGGUGCUGUGCAAGGCGCUGCUCGCGCCAUCCGAUCGCCAGGUGAAGGGCUACAGUGCGUACAAGCCGUACCUGAUGAUGUGGGCCCUCAUCGAUAUGAUUUACAACAGCCUGUUCAAGUCGGUGACCAUGCCCAAGGAGGAGGCCUGGCCGGUUUCCCUAUUCGAUUACAUACGCAAAAAUGACGAGGGUAUGCUCAAGUCAACAGACGGCAUCCUACAUAUCCUGACUGAGGAGCUAUUGCCGUGCACUUCGUUUGGCGAGUUCUGCGAUGUGGCAGGACUUCUCACACUGAUCGAACAGCCGGACAGCUUCAUUGCAGACCUGCUCGCCUCCCUGCCUUCUACCACAAGCUCUAGUUAAAUAAAUUCGAUUCGUUAAUAAUAUUAAACACUCACACACACACA